CGGGGGGCACCACAGUUCCUCUUGAGAACCAGACUGUCCGCUUCAUUGACAACUUCAGCGCGGGCACGCGAGGUGCUGUGUCGGCAGAAUACUUUCUUCAGGAGGGAUAUGCGGUGAUCUUCCUACACCGGCAGUUCAGUCUGCUGCCAUACUCGCGGCAUUACAGCCACUCGACCAAUUGCUUCCUGGAUUUCAUGGAUGAGGAGGAACCGGUGCCUGAUGCGACAGAGACCAGCGAGUCGGAUCACCGGCCGAUCAAGGUGCGCAGUGAGUACCAGGACCAGAUGCGCGAUGUGUUGCGAAAGUAUCGUUAUGCGAAGCGCAACAACCUCCUGUUGCUACUCCCGUUCACCACGAUCUCGGAGUAUCUGUUUGAACUACGGUCGCUGGCUCAGCUAAUGAAGCCAUUGGGCCCAAAUGCGCUGUUCUACCUGGCCGCUGCCGUCAGCGAUUUCUUUAUUCCCAGCGACCGCAUGUCGGAGCACAAGAUCCAGUCGUCAGAGCUGCCGGACAAUCUAACCAAGGACCAGGCAGUUGGCUCGUCCGACAUUUACACGGGCGGAAUCGAGCCGCAACCCCCGUCGCGUAGUAAGAAAUUGAUCAUUGAUCUGGACCCGGUGCCAAAGUUUUUACAUCGCUUGGUCAAUGGGUGGGCGCCGGAUGGCAGUAUGAUUGUGUCGUUCAAACUUGAAACGGACCCCAACCUACUCGUAUACAAGGCGCAGACGGCACUGCAGCGGUAUGCGCACCAUCUAGUGAUUGGAAACUUGUUGACAACGCGCAAAUGGGAGGUGGUGUUUGUCACCCCGGACCCCCCGCACGAGCGCUGGAUCCGGGUGCCGAAGUCGCGGCGCAGCAAGAGCAUUUCUGGCAGCGAGGCGCAGGUUGGUUUGGCUGAGGCCAAGCGGGCGGGGGAGUCCGCAAAGGCAGAAACCGGUGGGGGCGGGCAGAGUCAGAGACCGUUGGAAGACGAGGCCAUCUCGGCUGAGGGAGUGGAGAUCGAAAGUUUGAUCAUCCCUGAGUUGGUCAAGUUGCAUUCGAACAAGAUUGCUAAACACAACGCUCAGUCCUAGACAUGGUUGUUGAGGAUUUUGGGUCGAGACACGAAGUCUGGCGUGCGAAUGGACUCACUCCAAACGUUCCGACUGAAAGGAAGUUUCAAGUGUGCGUUUCUGGAAGCAUGACGAAUGCAGCUAAUCCUGAGGCAGGAGGGUCUUCUCCAGAUAGAUUAAUAGGGGUCCUUCACUCUUUCUACUGUGUAAACCGGAGGUUCCUGUGUAGUUAGUUUGUUAGCGUAGGAGAUGAAUCAUCUGCCGUGUCUCAACCACCA